UCCCCUUAGUUUAUGGGGGAACCCUGAAAUGACCGGUUGCGAGGGUUGCAUUUGAUCCUUUUUUGUCCUUUUUGCCUGCUUUCCGCCCAUCGAAAUCCGGGCCCGUGCGGUAGUCUUCCGCCUUGUUCAGGUGGAGUGACGGAGACUGUUACAUUCCCUUUUUCCGGGCGUAUAUACAUUGUGUAUAUGUCGACACCAGGAGUGGUUUAAAUACAGGCUAGGUUAUGGGGUUUGAAGUCUACGGCAAGUAUACGAGUUUUGGGGGAUUGUCCAGUCAAAAGAGAGACGAUUUGCGGAUGGCACCGCGGCUCGUGGGUAGCUGCUAAUUUAUUAUGUGGAGAAAAAAACACACUUAUUUUGACUCGCUUCUGAAUACAAGUUUCCUGUGAAGCUACCGAUGCAAAAAAAAAUCCCGUUCUCCAAGACUUGUGAAUAGUAGUGUACUGUAUAUAUACAUAUAUAGUGUACUGUGUAUAUAUGUUGGAGAUCCACAGUUUUCAUCCUACCACCACGGUAUCUAUAUAAACAAGGAAUAGGAGGCUAGGGUGUUCAUUUUGUAACUGGCAGAUGAAGCUCUCCAUUAUCAUUUGCAAUUAGCCUUUUGAGCUUUCUGUUUUCUCCGGGAAAUCUAUGGUCGCCGUUCUUUUCUUGUGCGUAUAAUCGAGUGGCAUGGCGUGAGGAGAUUUUUAAGGGUGAGGAUUUUGGGCGGUGACAGGAGGACAAAAGAGCGGUCGAUGUUUGAGAAAAUGGGGCCGGUUAAUGCUUGAUGCUGGAGCUUCUGAGUGGAGGUGGAGCUUUCAGAUACUAGUUUUUUAUAUAUAUUUGUUGCGUCCUAUAUAAGAGGAGACAUGGACAGUGAGAGUGCUCAAAAUGUUGGUGAAGUAGAAAGAGCAGAAGCGAAUGGAAUCAUUGAAGGACAAGAUGCAAACAGAAACAUUGAAGGAGGUGUUAAAGUGAAAAUGGAGGCUGGAGAAAUGGAUGGAGAGUUAAAUGAUGAGAGUCCAGAAGAAUGCAAUGAAAUGAUUGCCAUGAAUUCUGAGGAUACUGAUUUCUUGGGCAAGGCGGAGGAUUUGAUUCCUCCAAGCCCAGGAGGUGCCGAAUGGACAGACUAUGAAUGCACAUCUGCAGAUGAUAUGCUGGAUGCUGCAAGGAUUUUUGACUGUGUUAAUCUCCCCAACUUGAGUGAGUUGCAGUAUAAUCUAGAGCCUCCUGCACCUCUACCACCUGCUGCUGCUGCUGCCCCGGCUUCUUCAUCGUUGGGUUCAUCUACUUCCUCGUCUUCUGCUUCUGUAUCAUCUCCUUCUUCAUCAUCUUGGCUUAAUACAAGCAAUAUGAAAAGCGAGGAAGCCAUGGAGAGACAUUACCAUUCUUCAAGCACGCCUUCCAUAGACCAAGAUUCUGCCACCUCUACAUCCUAUCAGAACUUCAUGGUUAUACCAUUCGAGCAGCCUGCAGACAGUCACAACAACAACAUUUGUAAAGAGUAUUCAUACUCAGAUCUAGACCAUGCAGACAAAAUUGAUGUUUUGGAGGAGCUACAGAACUUGGAUUUACUGGACGGAUCCGAUAUGUGGGAUCCCUUUUCUGCAGGAGCCCUGGACGGAUUCGUCCCAGCAGAUAACAAUAUUCCAUCCGAAGAGCUACCCAUGGUGUUUUUCGAGUGGUUAAAGUCCAACAAGGACUCCAUUUCUCCUGAGGAUCUGAGAAGCAUAAAGCUCAAGAGAUCCACCAUCGAACUCGCAGCUAAGCAAUUGGGUGGUGGGAAAAAAGCCAUGCUACAUCUCCUCAAGCUCAUUCUCGCAUGGGUGCAGAACAAUCACCUACAGAGAAAAAGAAAGCUGUCCCAGCAGCACCAGAAGUUCAAUGGAUGCAGGCCAUCGUAUUUCGUUGAUCAGUACAAUCAAUGCUACAAUGGCGGCGGUGUAAUGGAUCAUGGGUUCGAACCACAAAGCUGCUAUGCCCAAGUUGCUAUACCGACAGACCCCUCCAUGUUUGCUGCACUGAAUAAUAAUACCUUCAAUCCUCCUCCUGCUCCUUCCAUGGAUACAAUUCAUCACCCUGCAAAAUACAGGCGGGUUCCUCUUGAAGGAUGUGGUGGUUUUACCAGCUCUCAUGAGUGCCAACCCAUGUUUCAGCCUCUUGAUGGCGGCGCUCCAUGGCCAAACAUGAAUUGCAUGCUCCAGAACCAGCUUCCCUAUGAAAACUACCGCUUUCCACCUCCUACAUCACAAUCCCAGGUAGAUUACAUGAAUUACCGCUCUAGUACUCCUGCAGUCUCAACGAAAGAGGCCAGAAAGAAUAGAAUGGCUCGUCAAAGGCGUUCCAUGGCUCACCACCAUCACCAUCACCACCAAAACCGCCAUUGGUCGGCCUCAACGUCGCCACUGUCACGCCAAUCUUCGGAGCAAGUCAAUAUCAACCUCAUGCAAUAUCAACAGCAACGCCAGACAUAUCUGCAAACAGAUCGUCGUCAGAUCAAUGUUGGCAUGCAGGGUUGGAAGCCAGAAAAGAACUUGAAGUUUUUGCUGCAGAAAGUUCUCAAGCAGAGCGACGUGGGCAACUUAGGAAGGAUCGUGCUACCUAAGAAGGAAGCAGAAACGCAUCUUCCUGAGCUGGAGGCAAGAGAUGGAAUCUCCAUUGCAAUGGAAGACAUUGUAACGUCUCAUGUAUGGAAUAUGCGUUACAGGUUUUGGCCCAACAAUAAGAGCAGGAUGUAUCUGCUCGAAAAUACUGGCGACUUUGUAAGAUCUAAUGGCCUGCAAGAGGGCGACUUCAUCGUACUAUACUCUGAUACCAAAACUGGAAAAUAUAUGAUCCGUGGUGUAAAAGUGCCCAGAUCAGACACAUCUGCUUCUGCACCUGCAGCAACAAAGUGCACAAACGGUUCUUCUUCUCUACCAGAUGGAGGAGAUGCGAAACAGUUUUUAAAAAUGGGAAAAAGUUAUCUGGCUUCCACAAGUCAGUCUGUUGCAGUAACUUUUGCAGAUUCCGUGGCUGACGCAUCCUCUUCAUCUGUAUCUGAUGCAACUGUGCAUUCGUGCCCUGAGGCAGAUCCAUUUCUAAGAGACAUGGUCACUCAUUCCUUCCCCACAAAAGGAACUAGUAAUUCACAACAUGAUCAUCCAGGAUCAGCCUCCACCAAUUUAGAGAGCCUCUCUAGUCUUGAAAGCGGGGAUCUUACAAUAGAAGAAAUUCUAGACUUGGUGGACUCGCCAGAUUUGGUGGCUGAACCAGCCAAAAGUGAUUCUUCUGAUGAUAUUGCAGAAAGCAAGGAUUAAAGUAACUGGGAACAAAAUUUUUCUAAUGGAUUUGCACGAGUUCUUCCUCUACAGACUUGGAUAACCAUAAAAAUUAGUACUUAUGUUACAAGAUGCUAAAGUUGGUAACUACUAUCCUAAGUUUGUUCAUGAGUAUAUGGAGAGCUUUGGCAAUAUCACUCGUUGGGUUUGUUUUUGUAGAUGUUGUGCAGACUAGUAGGUCGACUCACUAUCUAUUUUCUAUGUUUCUCAAUUCUCCACCAUGGAGAUUUGUAAUUUUUAUCUUGAUUUUAUGAUAAUUCCUCACGCUCCGUAAUAUUUGAUA